UCCUGGAUAGGUACGCGCUCACGGCUCACUCAAAUAGACCCCGCCACAGAUCACAGAUUAACUGAUUUACCAUGGCAACUAGAGCCGCGUACUUUUCCCCGUCGGAAGCACAAAUCCUCAUGGAGGCAUACGAGGAGGUAAAAGAUAUAAUUAAGAAGAAAGGCAACACCGCCACAGUGAUAAAGCAAAGAGAAAAAGCGUGGAAAAGUAUUGCAGACCGCCUGAAUGCAUUAAACAUGAACGGGCCAAAACGGACAUGGCAGCAGGUCAAAAUCAAAUACAAGAACAUUCUGCAGAAUGCAGUGAAAAAGAAUACCCACAGACAAGGCACGAUUGGUGGGUCACCAAAGGCUGACCUUACCCCAGCAGAGGACAUGGCCUUGGAGCUAAAUAAAGGCAGGCCCGUCUUAGAGGGGAUCCCUGGGGGUAAAGAGACGAGCAUAGGUUCCUCCCUAGAUGCCACCCGCUUCAUUCAAGUGUCUGGCAGCACUGUGUUCCUGUUAGAGCCACCAGCACAAGCACCAGACGAUGCUGAUCCAGGUGAAAGCCCCAGUGCAGCAGCAACAGCACAUGAUGGAGACGAUGAUGAGGAGGAGACCAUCUCUGUGGAUUCCAGAAGGCAUGAGGACCCAGAUGCUAUACAGUGGGAAAACCAGCCUGGCAACAUAAGCUCACAAGCUAUCAGAAAGUUGUAUGGCAACCACCUCCGGUGCCAAAUAGAACUGGCAGACAUAGACAUUCAGUACAAGAAGAAAAAGAGAGAAAAUCUUGCACUGGAGUCCGAAAUAAAAAAGAGGACAAUUAGGAAACUGGACCUUGAAAUAAAAAAAAAACUUGAGAGGGAGCUCCAAGAAGAUGACACAGCUCAAAAUAAAAAUUAG